CCGACACAAAAAUCCGAACUUCUUGGGCUGAGAAAGCUUCGGCCUUUCGGAGAAUUAAAUCCCACACGGCCACCGGCGGCGGCGACAGGGCCAAGAAAGAUGAGCCGUUCUGCGCUCUCCCAUUUCUUCAUCCCCUUCAAUUACUCCCCUCGCUUCACUUCACUGUCGAGCGGGGGAGCUUCCAGCAGGUUCUCCAGAGUCCUGCCCCUGAGGAGGCGAAGCUUUGCUCCAAGCGGGCGCGACCCAAGACGUUUCCAGUGCUACUGCAGCGUCUCGGACUCUGAACCGGCUAUUUUGGAGACUUCCCCGAGCUCUGUGAGGAAGAGAAUAGUGUCCGGAGUUCAACCGACUGGGUCCAUCCACCUUGGAAAUUAUCUUGGGGCCAUAAAAAAUUGGAUCGCCCUUCAGAAUGCAUACGAGACCCUCUUUUUCAUUGUGGACCUUCAUGCGAUUACGUUACCGUAUGAGACGCAACAACUAGCUAAGGCGACAAGGGAUACUGCAGCAAUUUAUUUGGCAUGUGGAGUUGAUAGCUCUCAGGCUUCUGUAUUUGUGCAAUCUCAUGUCCAUGCACAUGUAGAGUUGAUGUGGUUACUAAGUGCUGCAGCACCUAUUGGUUGGCUUAAUAGAAUGAUCCAAUUCAAAGAGAAAUCUCUGAAGGCGGGCGAUGAAAAUGUUGGAGUUGCAUUAUUAACUUAUCCAGUUCUGAUGGCUUCUGACAUUCUUCUAUAUCAGUCGGACUUUGUCCCAGUGGGUGAGGAUCAGAAGCAGCACCUAGAGUUGACCAGGGAACUAGCUCAGCGUGUUAAUAACUUAUAUGGAGGAAGAAAGUGGAAGAAAUUGGGAGGGAGAGGUGGUGCUAUUUUCAAGGUACCGGAGCCCCUUAUUCCACCCGCUGGAGCAAGAAUUAUGUCCCUUACAGACGGGCUGUCUAAGAUGUCAAAAUCUGCACCUUCUGAUCAAUCACGUAUCAAUCUUCUCGACUCAAAAGAUGCUAUUGCAAACAAGAUUAAGCGCUGCAAAACCGACUCAUUUCCCGGUUUGGAAUUUGACAAUCCCGAGAGACCUGAAUGCAACAAUCUUCUUUCAAUAUAUCAGCUCAUCUCAGGAAAAACCAAAGAGGAAGUGAUACAGGAGUGCCAAGACAUGAAUUGGGGCACAUUCAAAAGUCUAAUAACAGAUGCAUUAAUUGAUCAUCUCCACCCGAUUCAGGUUCGGUACGAGGAAAUCAUGUCCGAUCCAGCAUUUCUGGAUGGAGUCCUAACUGAAGGCGCUGCAAGAGCCAAGGAAAUAGCUGAUGCCACUCUCAACAAUGUCUAUCAGGCGAUGGGAUUCCUCCGAAGAUGAGAAUAUGUUGAAUUCACAACUCGAAUCGACACAAAAAAAAAAAGAUUUAUACCAGACAACUCCUUCGAGAUUCAUUCAUAUCAUUCGCCCCCUUGGUACACGCUUCCGUUCUCAUUCUAUAAAGGUUCACUCAAGCAUGCUCUAGGAGAGCAAGAGCAAAUUUUUUUCUUGGGAUCCAUAACUGUAACAUUCUUGUAGAAUAGCAUUCAUGAAAUCGCGUGGGUCUCCAUGAUUGAGCAACCGCGUUAUCGGGGUUCUAUUUAUUACUUUUUCUCGUGUUUUCAACAUGUGUGCUGAUCUUUUCCCGGAUAAUGAUGAAUAUAGUAGCAAACAGAAGUGCUGGAUUAUUA